AUGAAGGUUUUGUACUCCUAUACACCACAAGUCGAGACCUACAACGUGCAGACACCAGUCACGUACACUUACCCCGUCAGACAACAAGCUGUAUACAGAGCUCCGGUCCAGACAUACACGCCUGUGCAAAGCUACGCACCGGCUCAGAUUUACGAACAGGCUCAGACCUACGCACCAGCUCAGACCUACGCACCAGCUCAGACCUACACACCAUCUCAGUCUUACUCAUCAGCUCAGACUUACACGCCCAUCCAAGCUUACGCACCAGCACAGACCUACACACCAAUCCAAACUUACCAAACUUACACACCAGUCCAAACCAUCCAGAGUGCGCCAGUCCAGACCUACAACACGGCGCCAGUAACUUGGCAAUCGAAGAACGUCGGCAACAACUACAAUGCUGACCCGUGGUGCUAA